AGGUGAAAAAGUGACCAAUGAGGUGGAAUAGUGCUUUAGUGGAGUUCUGGAGCUUAAGUCACCUUGCCCCAGUUUUUCGAGAUCAGAGGUAGAGAGACAGACAUCUCUGAUUGUUUGUUGCCAGCAGGGAGACGAGAAGACUGGAAGGUUGUUUUUGGAAAACUAAGGUGUAAGCUGCUGUCUGAGAGUGUUUAAAAAUCGAGGCUGUGAGAAGGAACCAUAUGGCAGAAAACAAAAUAUAGGUCCCUGCAUGUGAUUUACCAUGGCCAGCGUGCUCUGCAGCCUCCUUCUCCUGGGGAGUGCAGUGAUGAUGACCACCGCCUGCCCAAAAUAUUGUGUCUGCCAGAAUCUCUCAGAAUCUUUGGGUACAUUAUGCCCAUCCAAAGGACUGCUAUUCGUGCCCUCUGACAUUGACAGAAGAACUGUGGAAUUACGCUUGGGGGGAAACUACAUUAUUAAGAUCACCCAGAAGGACUUCAUCAACAUGACAGGCCUUGUGGACCUUACACUGUCACGGAACACAAUCAGCUUCAUCCAGCCUUUCUCGUUUGUGGAUCUGGAAACCUUACGUUCGCUGCAUCUGGACAGUAACCGUUUGACAGAGCUGGGCCCAGAUGUCCUACGAGGCUUAGUAAACUUGCAACACCUCAUCCUAAACAACAACCAACUGACCCAUAUCUUCAAAGAAGCUUUUGAUGACCUGUUGCUCACACUGGAAGACCUUGAUCUCUCCUAUAACAACCUCCGGAGUGUGCCCUGGGAGGCCAUCCGCAAAAUGCUCAACCUACACCAGCUGAGUCUGGACCACAACCUCAUCAACCACAUUGCCGAAGGCACUUUUACUGAUCUUGAAAAGUUGGCACGACUAGACCUGACAUCAAACCAUCUCCAGAAGCUUCCUCCCGAUCCUAUCUUUGCUCGGUCACAGAGUAACAUUGUUCUCAAUACACCCUUUGCCCCAGCCCUCUCUCUUAGCUUUGGUGGUAACCCCUUGCACUGUAACUGUGAGAUUCUCUGGUUGCGUCGUCUAGAGCGGGAGGAUGAUAUGGAAACAUGUGUUUCCCCUCCAAGUCUGAAAGGUCGCUACUUUUGGUAUGUGCGAGAAGAAGAGUUUGUCUGUGAACCACCAUUAAUUACUCAACACACGCAUAAGCUACUGGUCUUAGAGGGGCAGACUGCCAGCUUACGUUGCAAGGCUGUGGGUGACCCCAUGCCUCUCAUACACUGGGUUGCUCCAGAUGACCGACUAAUCAGUAACUCAUCUAGAGCUACAGUCUAUGAAAAUGGCACUUUGGACAUUAUAGUCACCACUUUUCAGGAUUAUGGGACAUUUACUUGCAUUGCAGCAAAUGCAGCUGGAGAAUCGACAGCCUCAAUAGAGCUCUCCAUCAUCCAGCUCCCCCACCUUAGUAAUGGAACUAACCGCACAUCCCAGCCCAAAUCCAGACUAUCAGACAUCACCAGCUCGACUAAAACAAGUAAAGGGGAGACUAAAGCCCAACCAGAGCAGGUAGUUUUAGUGUCAGAAGUCACCGCACUCUCUGCUCUGGUCAAGUGGACAGUUAGCAAAGUGGCACCCAAAGUCAAAAUGUACCAGCUCCAGUACAACUGUUCAGAAGAUGAUGUCCUGAUUUACAGGAUGAUUCCAGUGACCAGCAAAUCCUUUGUGGUCAACAACCUGAUCCCAGGGAUGCAGUAUGACCUGUGUGUGCUGGCCAUCUGGGAAGACAUCGCCACCACACUCACUGCGACCAACAUAGUUGGAUGCGUGCAAUUUGAGACACGUGAUGAGUACCCCCGUUGCCAAACACUGCACAGUCAGUUUUUGGGGGGUACCAUGAUCUUGGUGAUUGGUGGAGUGAUCGUGGCCACCCUCUUGGUCUUCAUUGUCAUUCUUAUGGUUUGCUACAAAGUGAACAGCGGUUUGCAGGUUGCAAAGCUUGUGACAGUAAGCAACACCUGCUCUCAGACCAAUGGUAGAACUCAGGCGACACAGCGACUUAACAAUGGCAUGCCGACAUCACAAGCUCUAAAGACCAUAGUGGUGAUGCAGGACGAAGUGGUGAAACUCAAAUGUGGCUCCUUGCAGAGUAGCGUCUCAUCCUCAUCAUCUUCUUCAGCAGACUCCCUUGGCAGCGAGAACGUCAUGUCUUUCAACAUGCAUUGCGAGUCCAGCACCUUGCCCAAAAUGUGGAAGCAAACAUCAACCAAGACACGACCAAACUUGGACAACCUUCUUGGGGCAUUUACUUCUUUGGACCUGAAGGCUCCUGAAAGAGAUCCAGGUGGUCCAUCUUCCUCAAGGACCAUGGAAAUGGCCAUGAGACCCCCUACUGACAAGGAGCCUCUGCUAGGCCGUGGAGAUUCUUGGCUUGGGAGUCUUGUAAUGCUGCCAUCAAAGAACAAGCCCAAGCGUAGCCACUCAUUUGACAUGGGUGACUUUGGUGCUUCGCAGUACCUUCGCAAUGCACCACGUCGCAUCAGUAACAUCUGGACUAAGAGGAGUCUCUCGGUCAAUGGCAUGCUCCUGCAAUGUGAUGAAAGCGAAGGGGAAGGUGAUAAAGCAACAUUUGAUAGUGCUGAAUGGGUCAUGGAGAGUACAGUCUGA